UUUUAAAUAUUACUGCAUGCAAGGAAAUUAUGGGCGCGAAUUAAUGAUUUUUUAAGUAUAAGCAAUAUAGACGAAAUAAUCGGUGUUUUUCGAUCAGUUAACGUAUAUGUAAUUUGACCUAAUGAUGUCUACAUAUUUUCUUUCAAAAUAUAAGGUAUUUUUUUUAUCGAAAAAUAAUCUUAUAAAUUAACUUGCGCAUCGUUCACCCAGUCAGUUCAGCUAUUGGAACCAUCACUAUUGGACAUUCAUACGUAUACCUGAAAUUUUUCUCAUUUCAUCGAUCAACGAAAAACGAAAUGAAUACAAUUCCGGUUGUAGUUUUGGCGAUAUUUGUCUUCUUACAAUGGUCUACCGCUGCCGUAGUGCCUUCAUAUCCAGUGGAAAAACCAAAGGCCCCUGUGAUUGCGCAACUGUUGAGAAACGACUAUGUUUACGAUAAUAACGGACAGUUCAGCCUCAAUUAUCAGGUGGAUGACGGAACAUCGCAAACCAGAGAAGGAACGUUGGUACUGAAUGAUGAAGGAGACGAUUAUGUUUUGAUUCAAAAGGGCUCAUACUCGUACAUCUCUCCUGAAGGCAUCAAAGUUACAGUGACGUACACAGCCGACAAGGAUGGUUUCAAGAUAGUCGAAUCCAGCAACGAUGUACCCGCUAGAGUUUAACAGGAAAAGUCCAAACAUAUUCCAUAGUCGUAUGAUAUAUCAUUAUAAUAUUGUAGCAGAUUUAAAUGUCCAUGCGCCCAUUCUAUAUUGUUCGUUAUUAUUUUAAACUGAUUAUGUAGUAUUGUAGUUAUAGUAAAAAGUUGGAACAUAAAAUUAACCUGGUAUAGGUUUAAAUACAUAUGAAAUAAAAUAAAGUGUAAUGAUUAAAAUA